AUGCCGACGGAGAUCACGAUCGUGACUGACUCCGACUGGGCAGGAGAAGAAGUGACGAGGCGAAGCCGCGGAGGCGGUUUCGAGUACGAGGGGAAGGCGUGCAUCGACAGCUGGGCUGGACUGCAGGCGUCGAGGGCACGGAGCAACGGUGAAACUGAGUACGCGGAGAUGACUAACGGAGCGACCCGAGGUACCUUCACGAAGAACUUUCUCAAGGAGAUGCAGAUCGAGAUGAUGGUGACGGCGGCUGGCGACAGCACGGCGGCGAUCGGGAUUUGCUCCAGGCUCGGCGCCGGUCGCAUCAGGCACCUAGACGCGAGGUGCCUGUGGCUGCAGGCGGCGAGCAAGGAAGUGCGGACGAAGGAGGUCCCGACGAGCGAGAACGUGGCGGAUCUCAUGACAAAGGCUCUGGGUCCUACACGACACCACAAUUAG